CAAUAUCACACUCCCCCUUCUUUAUUUUGUCAUCUAAUGCGCGUGCGUGAAAAGCUGGGGUAGUCCGGCAUCCAUCCGGCAGACAGGCUCACACGUGUCUUUGUGAACUCUAGGUGGUGUUAGCGUGUCCCGUAGUGAUGAGGGUUUCAAGUCCGGUUGUUUGUGUUUUUGUUGUUGUCUUUUUGGUUGUGGAUGUUGCGUUCUGUCAAAGAGGGAAGGAUACGAAGAGAAAGAAAACGACGGUUAGAACAACAACUACUACCACAACAAGAACUCCUAGUGUGAAAAUAUCUAAUAAAUUACCUUCACCUGGACUUCCCAAACCUGAUGGAACAAUAACUAGAGAGGGGUGCUCUCCGCCAGAUGUCAUAGUUAACGGUACAAGCGUCCCGGAUGGAGGAGGGGAAGAUUUUGCUAGUGUCCAAGAAGUGCAGUUUUUAGGCGUCAUUGGUCCUUUAGAACAAAAGCGGGUGUGCAAGAUCAAGUGUUUAAAUGGUGUGUGGGUUGGUCCUCUCUGCACCAUAGACCAAGACAGCAAAAAAUUCCAACCAAUGCUGAGACAGUGUUUUCUAAGUCCACCUCCACCUGAUGUGGUCAUGUCUUUUGAGGGAAAAGAAUUGAACCUGGACAAUGAAGUCGCUCUCCCUCAUGGAAGUGUGAUCGAAAUGAGAUGUUCUGAAGUUGGAAUGUACAAGUUUGUCGGUGAACCUUCCAUUCGGUGCGGCAAUGGACAGUGGAACGCACCUUUGCCGGUUUGCCAGCCAACUAGCAUACAAAGGAAUUUUUCUACGGACGUGGCUCCCACUAUCACUUAUAACGUUGUGUCCGGAGACGCCGGAAUAACGAAAUCGGGGCAAGUGGUCAUCCUGCCGAACUCCAUCAUUCAUUUUGACUGUCUGCUACAACGACAGAACGGAAAUCCAAGCUGGACGUGGACGGCUACUCACAGACAGUAUCCCAGUGGCUGGGCUGACGGAAUAGAAGAACGUGGACUUAAGUACAGACUCUCUAUUUAUUAUGCCAAAGAUACAGAUGAUGGAAUAUUUACCUGCACAACACCAAAAGGACACUCCAAUGAAGUUCAUGUCAGAGUUCGAAAAGUCCAAUGUCCAACCAUAGAUUCUUUGGAUCGUAAUCGUGUGAUGGCCGUUGAAGGUAAUAAAAUGCACAGUCAAGCAAGGUUUGCGUGUAUGGAAGGAUUCAAUCUGAUUGGACCAGAAGAAAUCACGUGCACCGCAUCCGGAACUUGGUCUGAUUCACCACCAUAUUGUGAAGUAAUACAGUGUCCACCUCUCGUUCUGGAAGACACCCAUUUAAGAGUGGAGGCUCACAACCGGACAUAUGGGUCCAGAGUUAUGUUUUCAUGUCCGACAGGAUAUAGACUCGUGGGUUUACCAGUAAUAAUCUGCCUUAAGAAUCAAACCUGGUCAAACUCAACACCAUACUGUGAAGCCAUUGAAUGUGAGCCACCUUUAGCUCCAAACAAUGGAAGAGUGUUGGAUACUGGAAGAUAUUUAACAGGCGAUUUUCUUCAGUUCACAUGCAAUGCUGGAUUCGUUAUUGUUGGAGAAUCCAUAACCGUGUGCGAUGAUAAGGGAGAAUGGACAUUUUCACCACCCAUAUGUAAACCAGCAUGUGAAUUUCCGGGUGAGCCAGCCCACGGACAUGUGGUUCCCACCAAGUUUCACUAUGACAUAGGGGAAAUUGUGACAGUGGAAUGCUUACAAGGAUUUAGAGUUCUAGGAGCCGCUUAUCUACGUUGUACUUCCACUGGACACUGGUCAAGUCCCUUAGCACACUGUAGACCAGCUCAUCAGCAUUCAUGAUGGUUUGAUGAAUCAUCAGAAUAAUCAACUUCAACUCAAAUAUUUCACAAAGGCUUGUGGUUUUUGUGAUGGUGUUUUUGGUUUCGAGAUAGGGCGCCAUUAAAUCGCUUCUCAAAUUAGGCAGGAAAAAAAGAUAAGGUAAUAACGAUAUAAUUAUAAGGUAUUACGAAUUUAAUAUGAUGCCACCAGAUUCUCAUACAAAUCGUAUGUAUUUUAUUGUAUUUAAGGAAAUCUAUUUUAUUUUAAUACUUUUCCCCUGGGGUUGCUGUCAACACCCCCCCCCCUCUCACUUGUUUCUUAUCACCCUUUUUUAUUAUUUUGUUAGAGCUUGUUCUUCUUUCCUGAUUGGUUAAGUCACUUAGCACUAAUUUAUUGUUUUGCUUUUCUAAUGUCAUUUGGAGUUCUAAGGAAGGACAUCCAAAGAAUAUAAACUACAGUAUGUUUAUUUUUGUACUUAAUUCACAUUGUUUUUCACUUUAAUAUUGUAUUUCUACAAAACAUUUUAAACAAAAUAAAAAUUUUACUUGAGUAUUAUUCACAAAAAAGAAUUAAAUACUAAAUUUCGUAAAACUUUAGUUGUGGCUGAAGUGUUAAAGCUGGUUUUCCCCAUAGAAAGAAAUCUAAAUAGCAAAAACAUUUGUAUUUAAUAUACUGUUCAACAGUGAUGUUUUUCUACUGUUAAUAAAUAUAUAGAAAUUUUCCAGCAUACCACUGGUAAACAUAACAUUCUAAUAUUUUUUGGUUAGUUUUAUGGUUUAUCGAAAUUUAACAAUGGAAUUUUAUUUUAAUAAAAACAAAUUAAAACUAGUGAUUACUAAUAAAUAUAUCUGUACAAUUUUAGUGUUGUUUUUUUUUUUUUCAAUGACAGAUUUGUCACAAUAUAGAUUUUUAAAGUCUUAAGAUCAAUCAGUGAAAUCUAAAUAGAUAGAAAAAAAUAAACUAAUGCAAUAAAUAAAUGCAAAAUUAAAAACUUCUUCAACCCCAAUUAAAAAUCUAAAGAAUUUUAAUACCAAUUAAUAAAUUAUUUAUCCAGUAGUUUUUGUAGAGGGUGUUUAGUUAUAAAUGCUCUUAAUAAAUAUUUUUUUAAAUAUUUGUGGCACUAUAUUAGAAUUUUAUCUCAAAUUAAUAUUCAAAUGAGAGGGAAUAAAAAGCAGGCUUUGCAGUGUGUCAAAGAAAGAAUCGGGGCAUGUUUUUUUUUUUUAAAUAAAGGCAUUUUUUUUAACAGUAUACAUAUACCAUCCUGUAUUUUUAAAAGCAUACAGAAAACUGAAAAGUAUAAUUUGUUCCACUGUAAAGUAAUUUAAGCAAGCUUUACUGCAAAAGGAUAGCAAAAUAUACUAUUUAGUUCAUAAUUACUUUGACAAGAAAGUUUCAACUGUUACCACAACAAUUUUAUCAAUACUGAACUAAUAAUAGCUUCAAAAUCAAUACAUGCAAAAUUUAAUAUUACUGCUGCAUUAAAAUAAAAUACUUUGCACUAUAAAUUAAUUAAUAAAUCCCUCAUACUAAUAUAUAAUUGACAUUUGUAAUAGAGCUCAAAAUUUACUUAGAUAAUUUUAAAGCAGAGUUUCAAUAAUCUGGAGUCAAAAGCACAAUGAAUAUGCCAUUUAACAUUUUUGUACAAGUCAUUUUGGAGGGCAAUUCCUCAAUUCAUUAUUUAAAAACCCAAAAAUAUUACUGUAUUAUUGACUGAAAUCUAUCAUUUUAAAAUCACAUUAAAGAGAUGAAUCAAUAAUUGUGUAAACAAAACUAUCUUAGUUGUACUACAAAACUCUAUCUUACAACAAUGUUUACAACAUUUGCUGAAAAUAAUAAGUAAGCAUAUCACCCUUGAAAUUAUCAUUAUAAAAAUUUGAUAAUGUAAAAUUGUUAAUCACUAUAGAAUUCAUAGAAUUUAAUUCUUAAUAAGAAUUGAGAAUGAAUCUUGUGGGCAAGACUAAAAACCUAAAUCAUGUAUUUAGUAAGUAGAUGAUCCCUAAAUUGGAACAAUAAAAUUUUGCGAUUCCUACUAACAUUAUUAAUUAAAUAAAAAGAUAUUAACAAAUAUAUUUGAAUCCUGCAAUUCUUCAAAUCUAAUUCUUAAAAAAGUGGAAAUUUUUUAUUACACACAAAAACUAGGUAUCUUAAGAUAAAUAGGGACAACAUUUCAGGAUAUUAGGACAACUACAAAGCCCAUAAUAAGGUUUUCAAACUCCUACCUAUUACUCUUCGAAAUUUAAAAAAAAAGACCAGAUGAAGGAUUAAAAUCAUCUAAAACCUGUUAACUAAAGCAUGGAGCCUAAAAACAUCCCUAAACAAACUAAACUGAUCGGAGUAUAGCCUUUCCAUAAAAAUAACUGGUUAAUUAUAUUAUUCUUUUUUUGAUCUCACUAAUUAUUUGGUAUAAUUUUGAAACUUCUUUCUAACUUAAAUUUUGCUUCCCAAAGAUAUGUAUGUGUUUCCAUUUAAUUUUUUUAAACAAAGAUUCUAAACCUAAAUAUUAAGGGCAGUCAGUACAGAGAACCCUGUGUAAAAUGAUAGAACACAUAAAAUAAAUUAAAUGCCCACAUUUCUUCAUUAUUAUUAAGAAGACAGUCUUUGAUAAAACCACUAUGUGAGAAGAGGUUUAAUGGUUCUACUCAUUAAUUUUGGAAAAGAAAACUGAGUGCAGUUGUAUAUACAAUUUUCAUACAUACUUUACACUUAUAAAUACUUCAUGAUUGUUUUGAACAAUUAUUAAAUUGAAGCUGAACUAUUAUUCGACAUUUAUGGUAUUUUGCUGAUAUUUAUUACAAAGAUUGGACAGUUAGAAGGUUUAAGAACUCUUCCAUGUACUUCAAGAUGAUACUUAAGUUAAAAAUAUUGUGAUUUUGCUGUAAGAAGAAGUAUUAUUUUCAGAGUAAGUUUCUACAAUAGGAUUAUUUUGGUGUGCAUCACAGUAUUGUUAUAUGUAUAGAAAUGAGUUUGGUCACAAUAAAUUCAUUUCUUAAUAAACUUGUUGGUUUUUUUUUCUUUUUAUAUUUUAUCACGAAUAAUACAAAAAUGCACUAAUUCAUAAUGAAAUAAACUAAACCUAAAUUUGUAAUAACCUGAAUCAUGUAAAAUCAUUGUCAGAAUGGGCUUGACAGUUCCGUGUAGGCCAUGGCUUUCUUCAAAAGUCUUUCCCGA